AUGUCACCACGUUCGGUGGCCCUUGUGGCUACAAGUCUGGGAUGCCUUGCCCUAGUCGCUUGUCUGCUAUCUUUUCCAAUGAUCCUCACCGAGAUUAGCAACAUUCACGCCGAACUCGACGCCGAAAUCGAGUCGUGGAAGCUGGAAACGGAUAUUCUGUGGAAGGACAUGAACAAAUACGGCCGCAUUCGUCGUCAAGCAUAUAGCUACGCCGCUCCUCUCACACGUGCAAGCUUCUCCGGUCCACAGGUAAGUGUCACGACGCCUGGAAGGCCACGGCCUAAUGUUUUGCAACGAAUCAGUACGUUUCAGAGUCCCAAAGUAUUUGGAGACCAGAAUAUCAGAAGACCAUCUCACCGCUUUGCUGCAGGCGGUCAUAGUCCAGAUAGCGUUGGUGUUGCAUCCAGUCUUAGUAGCAGCAGUAAUAAUGGAAAUAGUAACCACAUUAGCAACAGCAAUGUAUUCCCACUGACUGAUGGAGCACCUUCCAAUGGCAAAAAUGUUGAACAUUCUAUCAUUCCAGUUCAACCUAAUGAAAACUGCAACUGUAAUCUCGAAAACACAUGUCCAGCAGGACCGCCUGGUCCAAAGGGUGUUCCUGGUUUCGAAGGACCAGACGGAAUUCCAGGAAUCCCCGGAAUCGAUGGAAAGGACGCCGAAGAUGCCAAAGCGCUGACACAGCAGUAUGAUGGAUGUUUCAACUGCCCACAGGGGCCUCCCGGACUUCCUGGACCCACUGGGAAACCUGGAGCCCGUGGUAUGCGUGGAGCACGUGGUCAGGCUGCGAUGCCGGGUCGUGAUGGGCAACCUGGCUUCCCUGGAACCCUCGGUGGUGUCGGAGCUCCAGGACCAGUUGGCGAAGAAGGACCUCAAGGAGAACCUGGCGAGGAUGUAGAGCAUCAGAUUGGACUUCCUGGUGCUAAGGGAGAGCAGGGACCACCUGGAGAGCCAGGAGAUCAGGGACUUCAGGGAGACACUGGCGCCCCUGGACAACCCGGUCCCACUGGAGUCCGUGGUCCACAGGGAGAGAAGGGAGAUGAUGGAGCCUUUGGACCUGCCGGAGAACCAGGAGAGGAGGGCGAGCCCGGAAAGGAUGCCGAGUAUUGCCCAUGCCCUAAGCGCAAUGCUGCCCAGAUUGCACAAGCUGGUGAAUACCGUGAAUACCGCCGUAUCUGA